CACACCAUUGCCAUUGCCAUCACGUCAUCGUCUCUGCUUCAAUUCAAUCGAAUUGAAUAUCCAUUCCCUUCCCUACCCUAAUUUGAUUCGGUCAAAUGUUAUGAUCCCUAAUUUCCACCCCAAACCCUAAAAGCUCAAUUCCAUCCGUCGGACCCAGCUGAAGAAGACUGGACCGGUUGUUCCGUCGCGGCCGUUUCUUCUUCCGCCGCACCGGCGACGCCUUCUUCCAUACCCCCCACGUGUCCAUCGCCAUUUAUCCUUUAACACCGCCUUCCCCCUUUCAACAUCCCCUCCCUCAAAUUUCCCGCGAUUCCCUGCCCGCAGUGGAUUUUCUUAUCAAUCGGCUGAUUUGUUAUCUUGUUGCGAUCCUUCUUCCACUUGUGCGGUCUUUUAGGGCUACCCGAAUCCCGAUCCAGGCGCUGGUUAGGUUUUACUUGAUUUGAAGAGAUGGAUUAGGUUAUUGGAAUUUUCUUUUGAUUUGAUUGAUUCUUUUAUUGCGGAUAGAUAGAUUUGAUAUAUCUCGGGGCUUACUGUUUUGAUCAACUGGUUGGGAAGUACGGUUGUUGCUGCCCCUAAUUUGGGUAGUUUUUUUUUUUCCCUUUUUCUUUUGGUCUUUCUGAUCUGUUUCGCAUCGUGAAUUCGUUGAUUCAUUCUGUAUAUAUAUAUGUCCAAUUGGUUGAUAUGUUGUGCGAUGCUGAAAGAGUUAUGUCCGUAGGGUUCGGCACGAGAGAACUCAGUGAUGUUUUUGGUGCGUUGUUUUAGUCUGUCAUUGAAAAUUGAGGGUUUUCUUGUUUGAAUCCCCUGAAAUUAAAAGGGAUUGAUAAAAGGGAAAAAUAAAAAGAAAAAAAGAAAGUAGAUAUUUCUGGUUCGGAGAUAUUGAGAUGGCACUGAACUAUUCACAUUGGCCUCUGUUUCCUGCACAUAUUUCUGAAGAUAAUUUGUUGUCGCCUAUGAGGCUUGCAAAUGGUUAUUUUAUGAACGAUGUUCGGAGGAGUAUGAACGAAGAUGGCCUCUUUCGGCCAUGGCCGAGGAUCCCAGGAGAAGGCAUGGAGCGAAACUUCCUCUGUUGGGAAGGAGCUAAUACCUGUAGCUCUCAGGAGUCCACUUCAGAUGAUAUUGUUGACCUUUUGCCUUCUGAUCCCUUUGGUAUGGAUAUGCAGAAUACUUUAACAGUCUUCACAGGAUGGAUCAAGGAUUUGGAGCUUGAAUAUGGUGGGAAGAUAUGGGCAAACGACUGCAGGGCUGCCCAAGGAGGCGAUACUUUCUUUUCUAAGUGGAAUAUGACUUGUGAUGAUUCCUUGAUUUUCUCACUAUUUCCUAACACUAAUUCGGUGUGCAAAAAACCAAACGUGGACUGUUUUACGAGCUGUUCUCAGGUACGUGAGAAGCCAAGUACCAGUAAAAGUUCUUUUCCCAGCAGUGAAAAGUUAGAUGAGAAAUUGGAAGCAGCCAGAACAGUGGAGGAGAAGGAUAUUCAGGCUGGAUUUGUCCCAUUUGAUAUUGGCUUUCAACAUCCCCAUGAUGUAACCUUCGGCAAUGGGGGUGCAAGCUCUAGUUCUGGGCUGGCUUCGGGUGAGAGGGUAGAGAGUGUUGAUGAGUGUGAAGGGAUGCCUCAUGAAGCUUUAGGUUAUGCCGUUGCGUAUUUGGGAGUGAAGGACCUUUUGUCUGUUGAAAUGGUGUGCAAGUCCCUAUUAACUACUGUCCGAGAUGAUCCGUUGCUGUGGAGAACCAUUCAUAUUGACAAACCUCUUAGUGAACUGAUCACCGAUGAUACUCUUGUGAAAUUGACUAGCCGGGCGCAAGGACACCUCACUUGUCUGAGCUUAGAGGAGUGCAAAAAGAUCACUGAUGAUGGUCUGAAGCGGGCACUUGAAAUGAAUCCAAGAUUGACUAAGCUCUGUGUUCCUGGAUGUACACGGAUCACUAUUAAAGGUGUAAUGAGUAUUGUAAGGUCAUACAACUCUGGUAAACGCGAUGGAGGUUUAAAAUUAUUAAGAAUUGGUGGAAUUUUUGGUGUGAAUCGUGAAAUAUUUGAAGAGCUGAAGUUUUUAUUGGGUUUUGACGAAAAUAAGCUUGGAAGUGGCUACAAACCACAUUUCUACUCCCGGGACACUUACUACCUUCCGCACCACGAUGAUCGCCCCAUUGAUAUAGAAUCAUGCCCAAAAUGCGAGGCAUUCAGGAUGGUGUAUGACUGUCCAGUUGACAGUUGCAAUGUCAAAGAUGAGUCCUCUGAGGUCUGCAGGGGUUGCAAUAUCUGCAUAGCUCGGUGCAUUGAAUGUGUAUACCAGAUGAUACUGUCGAUGGCAUUAGGCGGCCCUGUCUUGUGUUUGUUGAACCAUAUGAUAUUCAGUAUACUUGGAGUAGGUACCCUCCAAAAAAAAAAAAAAAAAGGAAAAAUGAAAAUUACCAAAAAAGGAAAAAGAACAAAAGCAAAAAAAAGAAGCUUGAAGGAGUUGUUGCAGAAUGGAAAUGAGGUAAGAAGAAAUCCAUCUUCAAGAUGGAGAAUCAUGCUGAGAUAGUAGAAACUAUCCACUUGUUCCGGCCCCGUGGCCCGAUCUUUGCUGUAGAUGCCCUGGAAAGCUAAUUGACGUCUACUUUAAGUUUUACUUCCACCUGGGGCAAUCAGAAAUCUUCGAUGGUUUGCAGAUGCGAUGUGGGCCAAAACUCAAACUCAAAACGUACAUGGAGUUCGUGACAAUGUUCUUCAGAGGUCUCCGACUAUGGUGUAGGUACUACACACUUUUUUAAGUUUGUUGCUACCUCCAUUUUGAAAUUGUAUGUGCCUGUGGCUAUGUAUGUAACAUGUUGGGAUGCCGUGCAGCAACUUUGUGCAGGACGAGUCCUAUGUUGAUCUGGAAUGUCUGGUCGACACUUGCUCUAUACUUAAAACUGCACUUGUUGGUAGUAAUAUGUUGUUGCAAAUUUGUUACUUUGUCUGUUUCUCUCAUGUGAGUGAGAAACAGAUUUAUUGAAUUGAAUGCUCGGAUGGAUCAUGGAUGGGAUGGAUGGGUAAUCUUUUGCUUAUUAUGAAUAAAGACUCAUCUUUAUCUUUCAA